AUGUCCCCACAGACCCUGGGUUUUUCCAGGGUUUUCAGGUUGGUCUUGCUUAAAUGGACAGAGUCUGCCGAUGCUGGUGAAACCCUGGAAUAUUGGCCUCGCAGGCUCUUUCUCGCUUCUCCAGGCUGGGCACUGGGUGUCCUGGGAUGGCCUGGCCCCUAUCACUGCAGGGGUCAAGGGGUGCUGGGCGCGGAUGAGGCCAGCACUGGGCAGUGCCUGGGCCAGCGUGGCAUCCUGGCAGGCAGCUGUUGCCUCAGCAGCAGGGGAGGACCCAGCCCCAUGCUGGCCUCUGCCAGCUAG